AUGGAGACGUCCAAUAGCCUUGUUAAGACUACUGAGCUACCAGUAAUUACUGACGUUUCAUUGACUUCGUCAGCUUCUUCCUUGGCUCCAUCCACUUCUUUUUUGGCGUCUUUAUCGUCAGCUUCGAGCUCUGGAGGUGAAGAAUCAAAUGAAAAACUGCCGCCGCCAGCUUUGAUACUUAAACCACUAGAUCCGGCAAGUGAUGACGAUGUGGGUGACGCACCUACAGCUACUGGUGACAAUUACAGACUGGUUGGUAUCAUGAAAGGUCGAGCAGCUACAGCUACGAAGACUUUGGGACCACAAUUAUUGCAAAUGAGGAGCAAAACAAGCAAAACGAUAGAGAAGUACCAGCCUACGAUUGUCAAGGCCAAGACUUCGGCUAGUGCAGGUUUAACAACAGCGGCAAGUAAAAUGAAGGAGGGAUCGACUCAAGGUUGGAGUAUGUUGAAGACCAAGUUGGCGGCGGCAGGACCUGUUGCUGAGAGGAUUCAAACCAUGGGGAUGAAUGCCAUGACGGACAUUUAUCUCGGAGAUACUUCUGUGGACGUUUUGGAGCACGUUGACCAGCCGAAAAAUGCCAGUUGUUUCUUUCUACUGGAAUACAAGAACUUGACAGUAUCACCAUCUCGAGCAAAAGGACUAUUUAAAAUGACGCGAAGGACUAGCAAUUCCAGUACUCAUUCGGUUGAAAUUGAUAAAGUGACUUUUACCAGUCCAGGAGAUCAUAUCUUUACUUCGCCAUACCUGCUAGGCAACAUUCUGCUUUUUUGCGGAGAUUUGGUCGUAUUGGCACGGGUAUCUUGCGUAAACAAAAGCUGUCGGAAGUUUGUUGCCUCGGAACAGCGUUUGGAAAAGUUUUGUGUUCGUUACGGACACCUUCCGUCUAGUCUUCGCUUUGCGUACUGGGAGAAAACGACCAACGUUCGAAAGACACGAGAAACUUCGGAGCUGGACUAUGACACGUACUUACAUAUGGGUCUGUCAAAGGGCGACGCAACGAAAUCGAUCAUGACGGAUGUUCGGCGCACAUACGGCCGUGUGGCACCACAUAAGCGCCCGGCCAACCAUAAAGAUAUUGUGUCCGAGGAAGACUUGACCACACAGCUGAGCGAGAUUUUGCACGCGCUGGCGGGUCGAUUUCCAGCCGUCGGGUAUUGUCAAGGGAUGGACUAUAUUGCUGCACACGUAUUGAACAAAGUGAAGAGCAGCGGAUCUGCUCACGACACGAAAGAUGAAGCAGAGAGCACCUACUGGCUACUAGUGACGCUCUUUGAGCAGUAUGGUCUGCAAGAUAUGUUCGCUCCCGGACUGCAUAGGCUGCAUAUGCACUGUUUCCAGACACAGAGGCUGCUAGAAUUGGCCGAACCAGCUCUUGCCGAGCACUUUGCAAGUGAAAAGGUGCCCAUUGAAAUGUUUGCUGUUGGCUGGUUCCAGACGCUCUAUCUUUACUUGAACGUGCUUCCUGCCGAUUCAUUGAAUCGGAUUUGGGAUAUUUUUCUGUACGAGAAGAAUUGGAAGAUAAUGCUUCGAGUGGCGCUUGCAUUGCUACAGCUUUCGGGGGAGUUUGUCAUGAAAAAACCAAUUGACGAGAUCAUGCAGUUUUUCAACACGUUUGCAGAUAAUGCUGACGAAUUACUUGCCGAAACGCCGCUCAUGGAACGUGCAUUGCGUCUAAAAGUGACAAAUACGGUCCUUACCAAACUGAACAAGCAGCACAUAAAGCACAGACGGAAAUCUCUUACGAAGACGCAGACAACGAGCUAA